AUGAAUCAGGGCAACCAGGGCAACCAGCCCCAGCAGAUACCCCAACAGGGCCAACAGACACGUUCCCAGGCUCAGAUCCCUACUAUUCAGCUGAAAUACGUCGGUCAAUUUGUCCAGGCUUUACAGAAAGAAGCAGCUCUUGCACAAGCCGCCACCAAUGAGGCAGAUCGAGCCAAGCACUAUGCCAAAGUUGAGUCUUUGAGGCAGAUCUUGAAGAAGUACCAGACAAUGCAACAAAAUGCUCGUCAACAACAGCAAAACCAAAUGAAUCCACAACAAACUCCACAAGGGUCCACCAUGAAUCCAAGACUUAGCACCAGCAACCCUGGUUCCUCGCAGAUUGCUAAUAGACAAGGAUCUUCUCCGGUUCCACAGAGCAUGCCCCAGAAUUUGGCAGCUCAGCGUCAAAAUGCUGGUCCAGCCUCUGCACCGCAACCUGGAACGACGGCCGGUGCACAAGGCUCUACCCCGGCGCUUGCUGUUUCCGCCGAAAACCUCAAGAGAAUCAACACGGUGCUAACCGAGUUGAGCAAGCAGAUCAAUGAUCUUGAGACAAGAAAGGCUAACGGAUUGUCAGCCGAACAAGCUGCGAACACUGACAACCAAUUGAAUCAGUUUCGAUCCAAGUUUGCACAGUAUCAAAAGGUUGCUGUGUACAUGAAGGGUCAAUUGGAGAGAGGUGCUCAAGGCGGCACACCAGCCUCGGCGGGAAGUCCUGCUGUAAAGGUAGGCACGCCUGCAAUGGGUGGUGGAGCGUCAGGACCCGAUCCUCGCUUGAGACCAGGUUCUGCCCAGGGCGCAGGCUCUCCCGCUCUCACCAAAUCUGCUGGCUCGCCUCAAGGGGAUAUCAGGCCCGGAACGCCAUCCGGAGGAAUUGGUUCAAGUGGCCGGUCCGCAUCGCCUCCUGCUUCCGGCAAAACCAAUGGAACACCUUCCAAAACAAGCCCCAACCAAACCCCUGGACCACCCGCUAUCAACUUGUCUGGAAUCACAAAGCCUAGCGUCUCGUCCAUGCCAAUCUCAAAUACCAUCAACGUGAAACCACCAGCCGCUGUCACACUCAAACCUAACCCCAAUAAUAGACCUACCCUCGCAGGAGGUGUAGCCAAUGGUAUAGGUCAACUGUUGGGUACUCCUUCUGUUCUUAGGAUGCCAACUUACGACUUGUCUAGCACUGGCGGUCCUAGUGCCCUUCCUGACAAUGGUGGAAGGGUCUUGACUAAGAGGAAGUUGUCUGAGUUGGUGAACAGCAUUGGAGCAGAUGAAGGAGAUGGGAAAACUACCAUUGAUGGUGAUGUUGAAGAAUUGUUAUUGGAUCUUGCGGAUGAGUUCAUUAGCUCUGUGACUGGAUUUGCUUGCAGGCUCGCUAAACAUCGCAAAGUGGACUCUGUGGAUGUCAAGGAUAUUCAACUCCAUUUGGAGCGCAACUGGAAUAUUCGUAUACCAGGCUACGCCAUGGAUGAGAUUCGCAGCACUCGCAAGUGGCAGCCUACCCAAGCUUAUAACCAAAAGAAGCAGGGGGUGGAAAUAUCCAAAUCGGUAAACUAG